AUGUCUAUUAAUAAUGAAGUUGUUAACAAUGGUCUAAAAGAUGGUACAAAAGUAAUACCAAAAUGUAUUGGAGGAACAAGAAAAUUGCGAUGUUUACAUAAAAUCCCAAAAAUUAAUUGUAAAUGUGAAAAUCCAAAUUGUGCAGCGAAUAAGACAAGAUCAAGUAUUGAACAAACAGGAUCUGCUGAACCAUUUUUUGAAAAAGCAGCACCGCCACGUGUUUCAAAUAACGAUCAGACCAUUUUAAAUGAUCCAAACAACGUAUUAUGGGAUACGAAAAAUCCUGAUGAAUAUUGGUGUCGGAGCUCAUUACGAAUGUAUCCAUUAGUAGCAAAUGCAAGUGGUAUCUUAAACAAUGAAGUCAGAAUGGUAUCGAAACGUGAAACAUUAUCCGAUGGACCGAAAAAAUAUUAUGAACGUCGACAUUUUGGAGUUUUUGUAAUGUUUACUACCCUUAAUACAUAG